AUGGAGUCGACCACUGGGCCCAUCUUCGAUGAGGCCCAAUAUCGCACCGAUGUCCUCCACUACCCCUCACCGGAAUCCGAAGCAGCGCAGGCGCAACAUCUAGCCGAAGAGGCUCAACAGCUGGGUCUGAAAGUGCCAGAAAUCGAAGCAUCAGCGCCACUGGCUGCCACGAUCGCCUUGGGAAUGGUUGAUCCCUCCUCCCCAGUCUUGUCUUCUGGAUCGUCGACCGAUCGGAAAUCCGUGUGCGGCUCCGUCACUCCGUCCCACGAGCCGGCCUCCCCCGUCCCAUCCGUGCUCGACCAGAUCGUUUCUUCACUAUCGGAUGUCACACUAGGCUCAGAUCACAUUAAGGCUCGCAGUACACGAUCACUAGCUUCGCUGUCUACGCGGCCAACCUCGUUUUGCUCUAGUGAGGGGAGGUCGGGCCUGAUUGGGAACGGAUAUAGUGAUACAUUCGAGGCCAAGCCGCACCGACAUUCAAUUCUCAGCGUCGCAUCUGCCGACAAAAAGGAGAGGCGACGGAGCAGCUUGAAGUCUGCGAUUGGAAGAAUUCAAUUCCGCAAGAGGCGCACAUCCUCGGCCAUUGUCUUACCCUCGGAAGGGCGGAUGACUCUAUCCACGAGCGAGAAAGGCGUUGAACAUGUUUUCUUCGAACCUAAACCGGAAUCCAAUGAUGCUGCCCAUGAUGUUUCGCCCCAUGCGAGAAAUGAGGCAUCACCUCCCAGAUUGGAAAUUCCUCUGUUCAGCAAAGAGGAGUUACAAAGAAGUCUGGACGAUCCGGAGCUAAGUGAGAUGCACGAGCGGCAUCGGAUGGAAAGGGACCGACAUCUUGCUUUCCAAGACGCCGCUCUAAGUACCCUCCGGCGUCGGCAUCAGACCAAUAUCUCAGAGAAGCAGUCUGAUAACCAGCGCCAGGAGGAUGAGAAGCGCGAGAAGAACAUUCAAGCUAUAACCCAAAUCGAAGAGCGACAACUGGCGGUAGAAAUCGAACAACAACGUGAGUUCGAUCGAGCUAAGAUGAAUUCGCGUACUCGCAUCAAGCAUAUGGAGGGCUAUCUCCGCAAUGCCAGCCCACCGCCAUCUCCCGCCGGAACAUCGAUCAGGGCCGAACGAUCCGAACGCUCCUCCGAGUCAUUAUCGGAAUACGACUCAACCUCACCAGCCCGUGUACUCACUCGCCAACACAUGGAGCAGCUAGAACAACAAUACCAUUCCCACAAAAAUAUGGACCAGCUCCACCACGCCCGCAUCAAAGUCCUCCGUGACCGCCAGGAGCUUAAGCUGCAGGAAGCCACGGGGCGUAUGGAAAAGGAACUGGAUGAAAUGUGUAACCGACACACCCAGGGCAUUGCUACCCUGCAAGCCGAACACCAACGAGAGGAAUUCUCUCUCAUGCAAGCGUUGGGAACGAAAAAGACGACUUUGCGGCACCGCUGGUAUUUGGAAGAGGCCGUCCUACGUCGACAUCUCGAAGUGCGACAUGGCCAAUCAUAUGGUUCUUUGCCCCUUGUCGCCUUCACCCCCAAUACUCCCAAUGCUGUUGUGCAACACUCACCACUCGAAACUUCAACACCGGAUACAAUCCAUCCCAGCCAGGAUUAUGUGCCUCUCUAA